CAGCGUGCAGCUGCCAACUGACGGCAUUACCUUACACCCGCACGACCCUCGACCUCUCUUCGCCUGUGUGCGCUCUCUGAGACAGAGACAAAAGCGCGCGCGGUGAUUGGCUGGAGCAAGCGCAGACAACCGCACGCGAAUGUUUCAUUCAUAUGCAGAUGAGCUACUAUAAAGCCCUCACUCUAGCCUCUCAUUGAUGAGCUGCCAGUCCUGUUUGGUUUGUUCACAAUUGUGUAUUUACUGUAUAUUUACGGACCGAACGGUUCUGGACGGCGAAUCACUGACCAAGCCACUAGUCCGGAAUGUCCCCCGCAGCUAGACUCAGAAAUGGUUUCGAUGUGGAGGAGGAAGCAUUUUAUGCCGCUAAAGGUGACAGAAAGACUCGAAAACCUAUAGUGGAGAAAAAGAGGCGAGCGCGCAUUAAUGAAAGCCUGCAGGAUCUCAGGACACUACUUACAGAUAACGAUUUGAAGACAAAAAUGGAGAAUGCAGAGGUGCUUGAACUAACAGUAAAACGAGUUGAGAACAUCCUACAGAACCGUUCUAAGGAGGGUGAAGCUGUGAAUCGAGAGGCCAAUGAGAGAUUUGCAGCAGGUUAUAUCCAGUGCAUGCAUGAGGUGCACACCUUUGUGUCCACAUGCCCGGGGAUCGACGCCACAGUGGCUGCAGAGCUGCUCAACCACCUGCUAGAGUGCAUGCCAUUAAAUGAGGAUCACCUUCAUGAGAUGAUCACAGAGCUCAUAUCAGAGUCUUCCUCCUCCAGUCGAUCAUGGCCAGCUGGAGAGGUACUGAGCCCAGGAGUGUCUGAUCUAUUCUCAGCACUGUCCCCAUCCCCAUCCAAUCCUUCAAGUGAGGACCUCUGCUCUGACCUAGAAGAGACAGAGGCCGAAGCAAGUCCUGCAUCAGCUGAGGACAGCCUGAACUCCUCCAUCAUCACACACUCUAAGUUUAUGUGGCGGCCAUGGUAGAAGUCUCUUCAAAGACCGUGCAUCUUUAUUCAUAAGUCACUUAAUCCUGUAUUGGAGCAUGCUGGAAUUCUCAUCUGAUUUUCUUGAGAAAAUGGCUGGAGCUUUAGGAUUUUAUAAGCACAGGCUGAUAUAUUGGGAUAAGACUUCAUUGUACGGACAAGUAUGGAAUUCACAGUGACUUUAACAUACCCCUGGAUAUUUUUUUUCUUCUGAAACAUAAUGGCUUGAAGCAUAAAAGCUUAUUUAGAAACACAUUUCAGAUUGAACUGGUUUAAAAAGUGAACUGUAAUGGUGUAUACUAGAGAUUGAGAAAUUGCUUUGUUUUAGUGGGGCGAAAGAUUUGUUUUGUGUCUUUUGUAGAGUUAAAAAUAUAGAAAGUCUCACUGAGAGAUACAUAGAUAAAGUCCAUGGCUCUGUGUAGUAGACAUUAAAAAGCAUGUUUUUAUUGCUUAUAUACUUUAGGGACUAUAAAUUUAUAUAUUUAUAUAUAAAGCAAGUAUAACAUCAUUUAGUGUCAGUUCAUGGGUUAUAAUUCAUAGUAGUGCAGUAUUUGUAUGUUUUUUUUUUUUUUUUUUUGUUAAUCUGCCAGUUUAAAUUGGACAUUAAAAGUUUUCAUGUCUAUUUGUCAAUGGGAUAGGUGUGGAUACAGUAAUUAACAUUGAUUUGAAAAUCUAAAAUUUUUUAUGAAAAGUUUGGGGCCCCCCUUUAGAAUUGGGGCAGGAGGUUCCCAGUUCCCAGGGGACGUGAGUUUGAAGAGUCGGAUUGCGUGUUGAAGAUAACGGAUUGUCUGAAAAAACAGAAUCAUUUGUGGUAAUAUUCUUACCUCUCAUCAGUUAGGGACAUAAAAGAUCAAAGCGGAGGAUUCUGAAGGAAGGAAAGCGUAUAUACGCUAUAUAUGGUUACAUUGUGGUUUGUGAUUACAUAUUAAAUCAUUACAGCUAUAUAUGGUUCAUAGUAUAUAUGAAUAGUGUGUGUAUAUUAACUUUUUUGUUUUCCUUGAUAGAUUUCAUAUGUAUACCAGUGACUUAGUGUCAUCAAAUAUUUGAUGCAGUCAGGUAAGAUAAAUGCUAUCCAGAGAUUCUGGAUGGACUCCUAAAUCAAAGAAACUAAUGGAAGGCCAGAACACUUUAAUAAUCCUUACAGUUUAGAGAAUGCAUAAUACCGAGGAAAGGUUUUAGUCUGCAGUGUUUAAUAUUUAGUUUAUAGUAAUUUAUUCCACUAUAAUUUAUAAAUAAAGUAAAAUAAAAUUCACAAAUAAAGCGUAUUCAACAUUUGCAUUCAUCAGAUGCAUUAACAGAGGUUUGAACAGAUAAAGAAUAAAUUGAGUAGGGUGAGGGGUCAGCUAACUGUGUGCUCCUUGAGAGAACAGAUGGUGAUGAAAACAGAUCCCUUGUGACCAAGAUGUUUUACGCCUUAACCAAAUGGUUUAUUUUCGGAAAAAAUAAAAACAAUUGCUGGAAAAAAGUUUAUCUCAACAGCUUUAUUAAAUCUAUUGUAUUUGUGAAAUUGUUUAUAGAAAAGCUUUAAACAAAAUCAUGCAACAGUAUUUUAUUAGAAUUAGAAUUUACUAUAACUAAAGCUCUAUUUUGAAUAGUUUUCCUAAUUUGUUCAUAUGUGCAGAUGGUUGUGCCACCUGAAGUUUUGGAGGUUUGAGAUACCAAAACAUAAAAUAAUAUUUAUCAUUUCAAUUAACUCAAAAUGUAUUUAAACUAAAAAGGUUUU